AGCUGGAGGCCGCGGAGGACGAGAUCGCACUGCUGAAGCGGUCUAUCAGAGAUAUGGAGGAGAGUUACGAGUCGAUUCGCAACUCUGCUAUGGUCUGGCCGGCCGUAAUUGUGGCGGCACUUACAAUGGCGUACAUCUUUGGCGAUGUGUGGCGGGAUCGCUCGGGCAGAGGCGGAGAGAUCGCCGUGGCUGAGCAGCCCGCUGUGCGGGUCGAAGACAAGGCACAGGAUCAAGAGUCGAUGAUGGCAGCGGAGGAUCUGAAGCGCUCUUCGGACCGAGUGGCUUCGCAUAGUCAGGUCCACGAACGAGGACGGGGCAGCCUGCUUGGUUGGCUGAUGUGGGCACCUGGUUCGGUCGCAAAGUGAGGUGGUGCGCAACAUCCUCUUCGAGUUCUAACAAUCAUGCAUGAUGACAGAAACGACAUGGUAUGCAUUGGAUUCUAGAAUAAGUGGUUAUAUAGAAUCUAGUGU